AUUAACAGUGGACCCCAAGAACGGAAGCAAACAUGAUCUUGCAGUGUUGUCAUUUGCAACUUCCCGUUUUUUAUUUGAUCCUACAUCCCUUCGUUUACAAAACAUAUAUCGCAGUGAUGCCAGAUGGCAUGCAUCAGGUAAUAUAGCACACUUCCUAAAGUGCCGCCAGAUUUUUUAAAACAUCGAGUCUGGGACGACUUCUUUUUCUUGAAUGAGCAGCUAGCUGUAGGGUUGCUAUGGAAACUCUGUUAAUCAAAUUCCCUUACACCCUCUGAGGGUCGUUCAGUCCUUAACGACCGAUCUAAGCCAUAGGACUUAGAGUGUUUGCAGCUUCAUAGAUGAAGAAGGCUGCAUCACCGAGAGUGACGCCCUGGGGAGGAACACGAUCAGACCCUAGCAUGCUGGGCCCUGGUUCAUCGCUCUCCAACCCCCGUAGCAGGACUCCAUCCCCCUCCCAUGGCCUGCGUUCCGCAGCCUCUCGGCCCGGCUUGGGGAGCAGUCUUCAGCUGAGUAUGACGGAGGAGGAAAGCGAAGAUGGUGCAGACGGAGAACCCCGCUGCGAAAAUGAUGAAAGGAGAAGUCCAGGUGUUCGCUACAUCACAGAGGACCUGAUUAAGAGGGUGUCCAAGCAGGACAGCCUGGCUUUUGUACGGUCCCUCAACUUGUCACUGGCAAAGAGUGGCAGCAAGAAAUUCAAGUUUAUCGAGAACCUGGAGAAGUGUGAACGGUUGCAGGUCCUCAACCUCAAUCACAACCUCAUCGAGAAAAUCGAGAAGCUGGAAAAGCUUCACAGACUUCGAGAACUCCACCUGUCCCACAACAGAAUCCGAAAAAUUGAGGGCCUGGAGCACAUGGGAAGCCUUCAGCUCUUGAAUCUCGCUGGGAACAACAUCGAGCACCUUCCUCUGUGGCUGGCUAAGAGACUGCGAUCCCUGAACACGCUUAACCUGCAGGGUAACAACAUCUGCUCGCUACACGAGCUGCUGAAGCUGAAGCCACUGAAGAACCUGACGGAGUUACUGCUGAUGGAGAACCCGGUGUUCAACCUUCCCCACUACCGCCUCUUCCUGGUCUUUCAUCUGAGGACGCUCGAGAGGCUAGAUGGGCAGGUCAUCACCCAGCAGGAGCGGGAGCUGGCCUACCAGCGCUUCCAUAUGGAGGAGGUGGAGCGGCUGGAGCAGGACCUGGAGGCACGGCGAGGAGAGGUGGAGAGCCUACGGGAGGAGCGGUCCAUCGCACUGCAGGAGCUGGAGCAGCAGGGGGCGCUCAACCAAAGCCUGAAGCUCCAGUGCCAGGAACAGAAGCAAUGCCAGGCUGAGCUGGAGAGAGAGCUGGAGACCAAGAACCAGCUGCUGAAGCAGAAGACGAUGGAGCUGACCCGAGCCUGUCAGAAGCAGUAUGAGUUGGAGCAGGAGCUGGCCUUCCACAAGAUAGACGCCAAGUUUGAGCCACUACCCUACUACCCAGAUCAGGAGUAUGAGCUGGAGGCAGGAUUACCGGUGGAGAGCCCCUAUAUUGGAAAGGCUCGUCAAAAGAGGAACCCGUUCGUACCGGAGGCCGUAGCGCCAGAUGGGCAGCUGGGUCACACGGACACAGAUGCUCCUCCGAGCGGGGGUUCGACCGACCCCCCGGGCUACGGCCACGCCCAGGUUCAAGCAGCCGAGGAGCGCCUCGGACAGCUGCGGCGGGAGAUCGAGAGCGCCGAGCAGCAGAUCCUCAGGGCCAGCGCAGAGCUCCGGCAGCUGGAGGACGCCGUUUCCCAGAAGCGAAUCACGGAGGCGGAGAAGGAGCAGCUGAGACAGCAGCUGCGCGGGAAGAUGAGCCUGCUGCAGGAGGCGCGGGGGGAGGCGCAGGCUCUGGAGGCGCAGCUGGACAGGAGCAGGGACCAGAUGAGUCGCGCGCAGGGCGAGCUGGAGCAGCUGCAGGACGCGCUGGACGGCCUGGACCCCGGCGACCCGCGACACGCCCAUGUGAGAGCUCAGGUGUCCAGUAAGACCCAGCAGCUGGACAUCAUGAGCAGGAAGUGCCGAGAGCUGGAGGCCAGGCUGGAUGACAUGCUCACCCGCAUCGCCAAGGAGACGGAGGAGAUCAAGGACCUGGAGCAGCAGCUGACUGAUGGUCAAAUUGCGGCCAACGAGGCGCUGAAGAGGGACCUGGAGGGCAUCAUCGCCGGGCUGCAGGAGUACCUGCAGGGGGUCAAAGGUCAGGCCCGGCGCGCCCAGGCAGACUGCCACCGGCUGGAGAGAGAGAGGGACGCGCUACAGCGCCGCCUGCAGGACAGCGAGGAGCAGCGCAGCCAGCUGGAGAUCGUCGCCAUGGACGCGGAGAGCGCCCGUGAGGGGGCGGCGAGGCUGGAGCGGGAGCUGGACGGGCUGCGUGAGGCUGAGACCCAGGUCAGCGCGUACGAGGCAGAGCUGGAGGUGCAGCUGCAGCAGCGCGACACGGAGGCCGGUCAGCUGCGGGAAGAGCUGGGCAGACUGCGCAGACUCAGCCAGAUGGAACGCUCAGCUGUGCAGGCGGAGCUGGACAAGGAGAGGCAGGCGAAGGAGAACGCUCUGGUGCAGGUGCAGCUGGCCUCAGAAAGACAGCAGGAGAACCAGAGGCUGCUCGCACAGCUCCACACCCUGCAGGAGGAACGCAGCUUGUUGAGGGGGCAGCUGAGCGCCCUGCAGGGGGAGCUAGAGGAGGCCCGGGGCAGCUUGCUCAACCCACAGGAGGUGACCCAGCGUCUGGAGGACCUGAGGAGGAGCAUCAGCUCCGGGCUGGGGGAGGUCAGGCCACGCGGCGAGGGGGACGCCCUGGGCGGCAGCCUGGCGCAGCUGCAGCAGGAGCUGCGCGGGGCGGUGUCGGCCGCGCAGGCGGAGCGGGACGAGGCGCGCGGCAGGCAGGGCAGGCUCACGCAGGAGGCCGCCGCCCUGCGGGACAGACUGCGCCGCGCCCAGGAGGAGCACCGGGCGGCCUGCGACUCCGCCGCCCAGGCCAGGGUGGCAGCAGAGAGGCGGGAGGGUGAGAUGGAGGCGGAGCUACGGAGGCUGAGGGAGGAGCUCCGGGAGGUCCAGGAAGUGCAGAGCCUGACAGAGCGGCAGCUGCAUGAGGCGGAGGAGGAGAGAGACCGCCUGCUGGCUGAGCUGGAGGACAGAGCCAACCAGACGAAGGUGGACGAAUCUCGAACCCGGCAGCAGUUGCGCUCUCUGGAGGACGAGGUGCGAGAGAUGAAGCGCUCCAUGACAUCAGCAGACAAGAUGGCCGCCCAGCAGCUGACGGCAGCCAAAGACCAGCUGCGCUCCCUGCACGGCACGGUGCGCAAGAUCAACCAGGAGAGGGCUGAGGAUGCGGAGGAGAUGGAGGGCUUCAGGACGGAGGCGGCGGCUGCGGCUCAGGACCUGGCGCGGGCGGAGGCGGAGAUCCAGCUGCUGCAGAAGCUCCUGAAGGACAGAGAGCAGCAGAUCCAUGAGCUGGACAGUAAUGCCCAGGGUGUUCCCAGUUCCGCUGGCCAGCAGCUGGAGUUGGAGCGUCUGAGUCGAGCCCUGGACAGGCAGCAGGCGCAGACCAAGCGACUCUGGGAGCAGCUGGCCCAAGCCAGAGAGGAUAACAGGGGUAACUUGGAGGAGCUGGUGGAGGAAAUUGCAGCACUGCGGGACACCCUGGCCCAGCAGUGCAGCUUCGUAUCCAAUCUCGGGGACCCCCACAGGAGCCGGGGCUGCUGGUACUACGUCCCAUCACCCCCAAAUCCCCCUAGCGUGGGCUCUCAGGGCACACGCGACUCUGGCCUUGGCUCGCAGUACCCCCCCUCACCUGAGAGGGGGCGCCGAAGAGGCAGGAAGGAGAGAGAGGACCAGGCCGGUGGGUAUUGGAUGUUCUCCCCCCUCAGAAGCAGGCGUACCAGGACACGCGGGCGAAGAGGUGAGCCGCAGGACAGCGGGGGCGAGAGCGACGGCGACAGCAGCGCCUCGGGGCGUCAGUACACCGUGCCGCCCGACGGCUCCGCCCUCCCGCACGGCGCCGUCAUCUACGCCCCCCCGGCCGCCGGGCUCUCCCUCGCCCCCGGGGCGGUCGUCUACGGGCCCCCCCCGCCCGGAGCUCCCCUGGUCUACGGUCCGCCUGCCGCCAGCUUCCACGCGCCCCUGGUCCCGGCGGGGGUCCUGCACUGCAACGUCCCGGGACACCAGGACAUGGAGAGGGAGCUGGCGCAGCUACUGGGGCAGAAGAGGAAGGAGGAGCAUCUGAGCGCAGACGUGCAGAGGCUGCAGGACCAGAGAGCGGACCUGGAGGAGGAGCUGCAGGAGCUACGACGGGCCGUCAGCCGAAUGCGCAGACGCAGGGAGUCUCUGGUGGGCAGUGGGAACUCCUUGGUGGAGGAGGUGCAGGAGUCCCUGCGGCAGCAGGGGGAGGCGCUGGAGGAGGUGGAGUGCGUGGAGGAGACGCUGCUCCGCCGGCGGGCCGAGCUGAGGGAGGCCGACAGACUGCUGCUGGAGGCUGAGAGCGACCUGAAGGACACCAGGGCAAAGACCAAAGAGAUCCUGCAGCGCUACGGCAAGGCUCAGCAACGCGUGGGAGACACGGAGCUAGAGCUGGAGGAACUGGAGAAGCGCGCUCAGGACAGCGCCACCCAGCUGGUGGAGGCCAACCUGCAGCUCAGGACCUUGCAAGAGGAGGUGCAGGAGCUACGGAGACAAAGAGUGGAGGAGGAGCAAACUCUGCAGGAGGUGGAGGAGGUGGUGGAAUCCCAGGAUGCUUUGUUCCAGGACCUUAGCAGUAAAGUACAGACUGCUACAGAGAGGCUGGAGGCCCUGCAGAGCGAGCUGGACCAGGCCGAGAGCAGAGAGGCUCGGCACCUGGAGACCCUGAGAGAGGCAGAGAGCAUGCUGGGACAGCGCAGGAGCGAGUUGGAUGCACUCACGACCAGGGUGGCCCAGCAGCAGGAGGAAUUAGCCGUCCUGAACAGGAAGCUUGGGCAGAGGCGCGAAGAAGACCGCCUCCUGCAGGAGAGUGGGGAGCAGCGUAGGAGGAGCCUGGUGGAGGUGCUGAAGCAGGGAGAGGAGGAGGUGCAGGAUCUGCAGAGGAACAUUAAGGAGUUGCGGGCGGACCUGGCGACCCUCAGCGCCCUGAAGGGGGAGCUGGAUUCCCAGGUGGUGGAGCAGAGGGCCGGGGCGAGCCUCGCCAAACAGGAGGCGGAGCGCGAGGAGGAGACCCUGCGGAGCGUCCUGGCCCAGAUCAGCAAACACAAAGCUGAGCUGAAGUACAUGCUGGAGAUGGUGGAGCUUGAGACCAGCGAGCUGGAGGGGGUGAAACUGCAGCACGAGCAGCGCCUGGACCAGCUGGAACAGAGCCAGGAGUCCCUGCUGCAGGUGCGGGUGGAGCUGGAGAAGCUGGCCCAGGUGGCGCAGCAGCAGCGGGCGGAGGGCGAGCGGCAGAGGCGGCAGCUGGAGCAGGAGCGGGCGGAGCUGGAGGCCCUGCAGCUGGAGGCGGGCGGGGCCCGGGAGAGUGUGGAGGCUCAGCGGCGGGACAGGGCCGCCCGGGAGGAGCAGUGCAGGAACCUGGAGGCCAGGCGGGGCCACGCAGAGAGGUGCCUGGCGACGGCCGAGGAGGGGGCGAGGGCCGCGGAGGCGGAGCUGACCCGGCUGGAGGCGGAGCUGGAUCGGAUGAAACGGGAGCACAGGCGCGCUCGCGGCGCGCGGCAGGAGACCAGUCGAGACGCCGCCUCAGCCCAGCGGCAGUUGGAAGAGAAGAGGGAGGAGCUGAAGGGACUGCAGGAGACUCUGAGUGACGCCCGUCAGCAACUGCAGCAGGUGGAAGAGGAGGUAAGAGCAGCCACGAGUAGGCAUGAGGAGCUCCUGGAGGAGCAGCACAGGCAGGAGGAGGAGCUGGAGAAAGGGGCAGAGAGGGCCCGUGAGGUCAUGCACAGGGGGGAGGAGCUGGAGGCGGAGCUAGACAAGAAGCACGCCCGGCUACAGCAGCAGGAAAAGUCCCUGCAGGUGCUGCAGCAGGACGCUCUGGACACAGAGGAGCUGCGGGCGCAGAGGCUGCAGAAGCUGCAGUCCCAGCUGCAGGCGGUAGAGGGCGCCCUGGCGGAGCGCGGGGAGCAGCUGCAGCGGGCGGCGGCCAGCGCGUCGGGGGCCGAGGAGCGGAAGCGGCUGGGCCGGGAGCUCUCUGCUCGGGAGGAGGAGUUGGAGACUUUGCGGGGGGAGCUGGCAGACUGUCAGGAGGAGGUGCAGCAUCUGCAGGAGGCGCUCCUCACGGAGAGGAGGGACGCGGAGAGGAGGCUCUCUGCGCUGAGGGUUCGAGGGCAAGCGGAGCGGGACGAGAUGGAACAGGAGCGGGUUCGGCUGCAGAGGGAGCUGGUUGCUGUGGAUCAGGCCGCCAGAGAGAAUCACCAGCGAGCCAAAGACCUGGAGGAGGAGCUCAACUGUGUGUCCCAGGAGCUCUUGGGACUCAGGGACAAGCUGCGCAGUCAGGAGGAAGGGGAGACUCGGCGGCGGGGGAUCAGAGAGGCCAUGCGCUCCCUGAGGUCAGAGGUCAGGGCCGAGAUCAGAGAGCUGGAGACGCCGCCCAGCGACGCCUCGGACACGGAGAGCCUCAAGGAGAACCAUCCCCUCUUCACCCCCUCCCUGGGUAGGGUGGCCUUCAGCACCAAGGAUGAACAGUGGCGUGGAGAGGCGCUGAGAGAGAAGCUCCAGCAGCAAGAGGAUCAUCUGAAGGCCCAGCUGCGCAGACGCAUGUGGUCGCAGGAGGAGGCCCUGAGCCAGCGCAGGCAGCAGACGGAGGGCAGCCUGCAGGGUCUGCGCAGACGGGUGGACAAGCUGGACGAGCUUGUGAACGGUUCGGCAGACUUCCCGACCCCGGGCCACAGCGAGCCGCCGCUGAAACACGGCCGGCCGGACGUCCCGGAGGCGGGGAGGUCGCUCGGAGGCUCCGCUCGCUCCUGCAGCCCUGUGCGUCUGGACCCGGCCCUCCCGGAAAAGGACCAAGGAAGCAGCUGGUGACACAAGCCUGCUGUGUACCAUCCACAUCAGAACCGAAGCAUUCCCACAUCCGAGACAUACCGUGCUAACGUGCUACCGCGGACCUGCUGCCAGUCCAAAUGGAGCGAAGGCUAGGACCAAAGAUGGGGCGGUCUGGUUUUCACCAGGCUUGAAACGCCCCCCAGAAGCUGUGCGAUGAAGUCGACGAUCGGUCUACCUCCGAACGUGAAGGUCACGGCAGAGCUUCUGAAAGGGCCUGCGUCAACCUGCUUUUAAUGCACCUCCCACUUCUCCACUGCAGGGUGCAUGACUGCUAGCCUGCUACACCGCUUUGUUUCCCUAAAGUAAUUAUACAAGGGAAAAUCUGUUUUCAAGGAUAAAUUACUUAUGCUAUAUAUUACAUAUAUAUAUUACAUGAUGGGUAAAGCUCAAUGCCCUAAAGUGCCUUUUUGAGACCUGUACCAGAAUGUCAUGAGACCGUGUCCAGUCAGAAAUGUAUACGAUUCUUGGAAAAAGGCAUCUAGCCUCAAGGAAUUGUAUAAUAUUUCAAAUGGAAAACUUGGUAGGCCUCCAACAGCUGCUUACCCUUGCAGACGGCUCACCUCGCUUCACUUCAUCCGCCAAGGCCUGCGGCACAGUAGUUUGAAUAUCUCCAACAUUAAACACUAUGCAUUUGAAGCACUUGAAGUAGAUUUAUAAGCUGUACACCGGCUUUGUGAUUGUAAUCAACUAAAUAUGAAAUUUUGUGUACAAAGAAAUAAAUAUUUAUUUUUCCAAACUA